UCGUCAUAAUGAAGUUGUUGAUUUCACUUUGUCUCUUCUGUGUCAAUGCCGACGCAUUCUUUAUAGACCAGCUAUUUAGCAACGGUUGCAAAUCACCAUCACCAGCACAAAACUUUACUAACCAGCGAUACAAUGGACUAUGGUAUGAAGUUGGUAAGAUGCAGACAGCUGGCGGGGCUGCGUUUGAAAAAGACUGUGUGUGUACUACAAUUGAUAUAAAACCAAAAUCGGGAACAAGUGAUUAUACUGCCAUCAAUAGCUGUAGAAAAUUAUCUCCAACAGGGAAUUUCUUAAAUGCAACAGGUACAUUGACGGGAGAGGGUCCAUCUGGUCACUGGAAAGAGGGAUUUUUCCCCCUCGCCCCAAAAGCUGACUACACUAUAAUAUACCUUGACGACAACUAUGCAAUUGAGUAUGACUGUACGUCAGUGAUUGGAAUUACAAACUAUUGUAUACACAUUCUGUCCAGAACACCAACAGCCCAAGCUGACAUGGUCCAAAAGCUAAAGACAUUCGCUAUAGGACUAGGUUUAAAUACUGAGAAUUUGGACUAUCAAGAAACAUUACAAAAGGGAUGUUGGUAGAGUUUUAGACGUAUUCGUAUUUUGUCCUUUGA